UCUCUGCCUCCUCCUCUGCUCCCUGACACGAAGCCAGCAAUCCCCUCUUCUAGUGCAGCCUGACACUCUCAUUGGCACUCAGCCUGCCGAAGGGAGGGGCUUGUGUCUCGGCGGCUCUUCAGAAAGGAUCGCGGUCCAGGCAGCCUAACCUUGAGGCUGAAACAGUGUCUCCCAGCCUCCCUCACUGAGCCUGUGCUUUUCCUGAUUGCUGUCUGUCUCUCUCUUUCUCUCUCUCUCUUUUCUUCUUUUUUUCUCGUUUCUUGCUCAGCCUGAAACAGAGCCUUGUAUCGGGGAAGCUCAGGUCUUGAAUUUUGAUGUCAGGAAAGGAAAAACUUCAGAAUGCUUCCUGGAUCCACCAGCAGAAACUGGAAGAUCCAUUCCAGAAACACCUGAACAGCACUGAGGAGUAUCUGGCCUUCCUCUGCGGCCCUCGGCGCAGCCACUUCUUCCUCCCCGUAUCUGUGGUGUACGUGCCGAUUUUUGUGGUGGGGGUCAUUGGCAAUGUCCUGGUGUGCCUGGUGAUUCUGCAGCACCAGGCUAUGAAGACACCCACCAACUACUACCUCUUCAGCCUGGCGGUCUCUGAUCUCCUGGUCCUGCUUCUUGGAAUGCCCCUGGAAGUCUAUGAGAUGUGGCGCAACUACCCCUUCUUGCUUGGGCCCGUAGGCUGCUACUUCAAGACGGCCCUCUUUGAGAUCGUGUGCUUUGCCUCCAUCCUCAGCGUCACCACGGUCAGCGUGGAGCGCUACAUGGCCGUCCUACACCCAUUCCGCGCCAAGCUGGAGAGCACCCGGAGCCGGGCCCUCAGGAUCCUCGGCUUCGUCUGGGGCUUCUCUGUGCUCUCCUCCCUGCCCAACACCAGCAUCCACGGCAUCAAGUUCCACUACUUCCCCAAUGGGUCCCUGAUCCCAGGCUCAGCCACCUGUACAGUCAUCAAGCCCAUGUGGAUCUACAAUUUCAUCAUCCAGGUCACCUCCUUCCUAUUCUACAUCCUUCCCAUGACUGUCAUCAGUGUCCUCUACUACCUCAUGGGGCUCAGACUAAAGAAAGACAAAUCUCUUGAGGCAGAUGAAGGUACCGUAAAUAUUCAAAGACCCUGCAGAAAACCAGUCACCAAGAUGCUGUUUGUCUUGGUCUUAGUGUUUGCUAUCUGCUGGGCCCCGUUCCACAUUGAUCGACUCUUCUUCAGCUUUGUGGAGGAGUGGACUGAAUCCCUGGCUGCGGUGUUCAACCUCAUCCACGUGGUGUCAGGUGUCUUCUUCUACCUGAGCUCAGCUGUCAACCCCAUUAUCUAUAACCUACUGUCUUGCCGCUUCCAGGCAGCAUUCCAGAAUGUGAUCUCUUCUUUCCACAAACAUUGGCACCCCCAGCAUGACCCACAGGUGCCACCUGCCCAGCAGAACAUCUUCCUGACAGAAUGCCACCUUAUGGAGCUGCCUGAAGAUAUGGGUCCCCAGUUCCCAUGUCAGUCAUCUGUACAUGACUCUCACCUUGCGACAGCCCUCUCUAGUGAACAGGUGUCAUGAAGAAACUAUCAAAGGUGUCACUUUCACAAAACCUGAAUUCUUUCACAGCUGACUCUCUUCUAUGUCUCAGAACUUCAGAGAGGAACAUCCCAUAAUAUAUGCCUUCUUAUAUGAUAUUAGGGAGAUAGAAUGGCUCUUACAACUCAAGUACCCAUUGCUAUAUUUUUAAUAAAUGUGAAAACUGAGAGUUAGAUCUGGGUUCAAAACCCAGAACUGCCUGGUUUUUAGUUAUCUUUUCACUAUUCUGCCUCAUGCCCCUUCACUAGUUCAUACCAAGAACAUGACUGACAAAGCAUAGCACCUAUACCUUGAUUAAUUUCCACUAUUGGGAAUGGUUUGUCCUGAGCCAUCUACAUUCCAAGUCAGGCUGUCACUCCUACUACCAAUGACCACUGUGAGCCACAGAAGGAAGAUAUGUACAUGCUGUUCUACUUUAUAUGAUGCGAGAAGCCCACAUCAGUGUCCUUCCACAGCAGUCUACAGGUGUACCUUGUUUUAUUGUCCUUAAUUUUAUUGUGAUUCCCAAAUAUUGCACUUUUAAAAAAUUGAAAGUUUGUGGCAAUGCUGUGUAGAGCAAAUCUGCUGGCAUCUUUUUUCCCAAAAGCAUGUGGUCACUUCAUGUCUCUGCAUAAAUUUUCAUGAUUCUCACAAUAAAAUUGAUAAUUAUUAUAUGUGCUUAUGGUGA